AUGAUGGGAAACAACCAAAGUGUCAUUCAUCAGUUCCUCCUCCUGGGCCUGCCCAUCCCUCCAGAGCACCAGCACCUGUUCUAUGCCCUGUUCCUGGCCAUGUACCUCAUCACUGUCCUGGGGAACCUCAUCAUCAUUAUCCUCAUUCUACUGGACUCCCAUCUCCACACUCCCAUGUACUUGUUUCUCGGCAACUUAUCCUUUUCUGACCUCUGUUUUUCCUCAGUCACCAUGCCAAAAUUGUUGAAGAGCAUGCAGGCCCAAGACCCAUUCAUCUCCUAUGCGGAUUGUCUGACACAAAUGUACUUUUUUAUGGUUUUUGGAGACAUGGAGAGCUUCCUUCUUGUGGUCAUGGCCUAUGACCGCUAUGUGGCCAUCUGCUUCCCCCUUCAUUACACCAGCAUCAUGAACCCUAAGUUCUGUGCUAGUCUAUUGAUUCCAUUGUGGAUGCUGACCGCGUUUCAUGCCAUGACGCACACCCUACUCAUGGCUAGAUUGUCUUUUUGUGAGAAGAAUGUGAUCUCCCAAUUUUUCUGUGACAUAUCUGCACUCCUGAAGUUGGCUUGCUCAGACACUUCUGUUAAUGAGUUGAUGAUAUUUAUCAUGGGUGGGCCCAUCAUUAUUGUACCAUUCCUACUCAUUGUUAUGUCUUAUGCAAGGAUUGUCUCCUCCAUUCUCAAGUUUUCUUCUGCCAAGGGCAUCCACAAGGUCUUUUCUACCUGUGGUUCCCACCUGUCCGUGGUCUCACUGUUCUAUGGGACGAUUAUUGGUCUCUACUUAUGUCCAUCAUCCAAUAACUCUACUGUGAAGGAGACUACUAUGACUAUAAUGUACACAGUGGUGACUCCCAUGCUGAAUCCUUUCAUCUACAGCUUGAGGAACAGUGAUAUGAAGAGGGCUCUAAGAAGAGUUAUCUAUGACAAGAAUAUCUCUUUGUAA